CUCUUGCGCAGCUUGCAAUCUUCGUGGUGAGAGAGCUGCUACCUUAGAACUCGUCUCUCAUUCUCGUGCCUCGUACCGGACCCUGAAACCACAAUCUCAUCAUGGGUCAAGACGCAUCCCCUCCGCAGCCGGAGGGCAUUUCCUCGCUACUUGACACGGACUUGUAUAAGUUGACAAUGCAAUGCGCCAUUCUCAAGUACUUCCCCGAUACUCAUGUCACCUACGGCUUCACGAACCGCACCGCCGAUAUGCAGUUGACGCGGGGUGCUCACAAAUGGCUUCUGGCGCAGAUGGACAAACUCGCGAAUAUCCAGGUCACAAGCGACGAGAUUGCGUUUCUGAAAGAGAAAUGCCCUUACUUCAACGAUGCCUAUUUGCACUUUCUGACCACAUUCAAAUUGAAACCCUCGGAGCAGAUCGAGAUCAGCUUCACCCCCACGGACAGUGACACUGGCAGCGAUGAGGACAAAGGUGAUGUCGACUAUGUCAUCAAGGGUCUCUGGGUGGAUACCAUCCUGUACGAAAUUCCGCUGCUGGCCCUGACGAGCCAAGCGUACUUCAUGUUCUGCGAUAAGGACUGGGACUACAGCUGCCAGGAGGAGAAAGCAUUCCGCAAGGGCUGCGCAUUGUUGGAACACGGGUGCAUCUUCUCCGAAUUUGGGUCCCGACGACGACGCGACUAUCACACCCAAGACCUAGUGAUGAAGGGACUCUCUCGCGCCGCGGAGGUAGGGAAACAGAAGGGCUGGAAGGGCGCGUUCACGGGCACAAGCAACGUACAUUUCGCGAUGAAGUACAAUGUGGUCCCUGUCGGCACUGUCGCCCAUGAGUGGUACAUGACCAUUGCCGCUAUCACGGACGAUUACGAGAACGCCAACGAGAUGGCGCUCCGGUACUGGCUUGGUUGCUUCGGGGAAGGAGUCCUGGGUAUCGCCUUGACCGACACGUUCGGCACCCCGGCUUUCCUCGAUGCAUUCCGCAAGCCGAUCCCCGCCUACACCAGCGCCGGCGUGGGCGCCGUCAGCACCGCGCCCUCCGGCUCCAGCACGACGGUCCAAUCCACCAUCCAAAGCGAGGCGGAGACGACAGUCCCCAUUUCUGCGCCCUUGCACAACUCGCGGGGCGAGCACCCCACCAAGACAUACGCUCAGGUCUACACAGGCGUGCGCCAGGACUCUGGAGAUCCCACAUACUUCGUCAAGAUGGUCCGGGAAUUCUACGACCGUGAAGGCAUCAAGGAACCCAAGACGGUCGUCUUCUCCGACUCCCUGGACAUCGAGCAUUGCCUCGAGUACAAGGUCAUCGCCGAGGAAGCCGGCUUCCAGCCCGUUUUUGGUGUCGGUACCUUCUUCACAAAUGACUUCGUCCACAAAUCCGACGGCGAUAAAUCCAAGCCCCUGAACAUCGUCAUCAAAAUCUCCACCGCCGACGGCCGGCCUGCCGUCAAACUCAGCGACAACAUGGGCAAGAACACGGGCGACAAAGCAACAGUGCAGAGCGUCAAGAAGAAGCUGGGCUACAUCGAACAUGAGUGGGAGAAGGGCGACGAGAAGAACCGCUGGACGCAGAAGGAAUAAGAGGAUGUCUCGCUCCACCCCUCCCUUCCGCCCCUCAUCAUGGCCCUUUUACUCGACGGCAGUGAUUGCAUGCUCUUCCCCGCCCCCGGCCUGCCUACCUACCUACAUUUAUCGAUUUCUGGCCCCUAGCUUAGCCAGCGAGCGCGUCUCAAAGCUACCUACCUACCCUCAUCCUCCCAUCCCCGCGUGUCUUAUUUUCGGCCGUGCUUGGUUUGGUUCAUGACUGUAUGAAGUAGAAAGGUUUAGAAAGAGGAAGAGAGAAAUACAG